GUGCGACCCCCACACAAUUGCGCUCCGCCCUCUACAAAAUGAACUAUUAUGGGCCGGCCACUAUCUCUGCAUAUGGCGACACCACUGGCAUUCCUAACUCCGUCCAACAUGCCCUCUCCAGUACUGGCAUCGCUCUUAACCACGUUCCCGCUGGAGCCAAAGAUGCAAGUGACAAGAAAAUUUUAGUUGACAUGCUGUUUUGGGCGGUGGACAACCCUGCUCCAGCAAAUUAUUUGCUUAUCUCCGGAGACAGGGACUUUUCAAAUGCCCUCCAUCAAUUACGCAUGCGUAGAUAUAAUAUCCUGCUCGCGCAGCCAAAGCAAGCAUCCCCUGCUCUUGUUGCUGCAGCAAAGUGUGCAUGGCAUUGGUCGAGCCUCGUCCAUGGUGGAAUCCCAUUUUUCACAAGUGAUGGACAUUCUGCUUGUGUUAGUGCAUCUCACACUACUAGAACCUAUGACAAUAUUAUUGUUUCAAGUCGACCUUCUUAUUCUAAUGCUGCUGAUACUUUCCCUUUGGGAUCCCAUAUGUUCUCUGUUCCUGCAAGGAUGGCUGUUAAAUUGCCAUCUUGUCCAAAUGGCACAAAUCAGGCAAACACUACUAGAAUGACAAGUUUGCCCAUUAAACUUGAAUCAGCUAAAGACACAGGGUUUCCCCAUCAACCAGAAAUUGUACCGGAAAAAAAGUUAAAGAUUGCACCUCACGAAUUCUUUGGAGCAACCUCGAGGGCAGUUCUUGCGAGCAGGUCUGCUCCAAAUCUGUCUUCUGGAAAUAUCAAUAGUUCAUCUAGCAACUCAAGUUACCUGAAUGAGUCAACCCAGUCUCGACCUCCUCAUGUUCCAGACAAUUUGACUCCCUCCGGUUCUCAUAACAAUACUUUCCAGCCAGCUCCUUCAAGAUUACUAAAUGGACCUAGGUUUUCCACAACAACAUCUUCUGCAGUACUGCCAAAUACUGAGAAGUUAGGUUUGAUUGAUCACUCCAGGAUUUUCCCAAACGUAGGUGUUCAACGCCUUAUAGGUGUUAUCUUGCUAGCAUUGGAUGCUCUAAAAGUUGAAAAGAUUGCACCUACGGAAGCCAAUAUAACAGACUGCAUCCGUUAUGGUGAUACAAAAUACCGUAAUACUGAUGUGCACAAGGCCUUAGAAUAUGCACUUGACCAAAAUAUGGUAUUCAAGCAAUGUAUGGGUAAUAUGGAGCUUUAUGUCGGUAGGAUUGAGAGGCUGUGGACUUGCGAGAAUCCCGAUGGUGGUAAUCCCCAACAUUACCCAAAAACAACCUGGGCUGCCAUUCAGAAGUUCCUAAGGUCACCUACUGGGCGUUCUGCAUUGAUAGCAUCGGAAUGCAGGUAUGAAGCAGCUUCGAUUCUUAAAAAAUCAUGCUUAACAACAUUCUCUUUGGGAGAGGUAAUUCGGAUCAUGAACAUGAUAAUUACCAUGAAGAAAUGGAUCUCACACUCACACCUGGGUUGGCAACCUAUUAAAAUUGUUCUGUCAGAAACUAAAGACGAUAUUGAUAAUGGUUCUUGAUUUGAUCCAAAUGAUAAUGUAAUGCUCCCAAAUUCGGCUUUUGGUGGUAGCGGAUGUCGGCAUAUAGCUAGCUGGUCUUAUCUGCAAUUUUGUGGCAAUUUGUGUUCGGAAUUAUAUUACACACUGAACGCGAAGAAACGGAACAUGUGAAAUUGGAGUAUAUUUCGCUGAUUCCGUCA